UAUGUAAGAAUAUUGAGUUAUAUUCUGUAAUAAUUUUCUCCUUGUUAUAUUUGCUUUUUUCUGAUUAUUUAAAAUUUAAAAUUUGGUAGUAAUAAAACAAUUUAAAAUUCAAUGAAGCAAUCUCGAUUUUUUCUGUAUACAAAUUUAAUGUUUGCGUCCUUUUAUAUAAUUUAUAUAAUAUUUAUAAUUAUCUACAUUUUUAAGUGUUUAGUAUUUGAACUCAGCUGUGUUAAAUCUUCCUUUUAUUAGAUCUGCAGCAGAUUAUGUAUCGUACAGUGUUCAAGUUAACUUGUGUGUAACUUGAAUAUAUCCCCUUUCAUGUUUACACAACUCAUGCUCAGUUUUAUCUGAUAAAUUUUAUUGAGCAGAUUAAGAACCAGAUGCGUGAGACGAUUCUUUUACUUUUAUUAUGUCCUCCUGACUCUGCUCUUAACAAGUUUAUGCAGAGUUCGCUAUUAUUACUUAUUGGAUACAUGUAUCUGUGAUAUUUUAAUGCUUAUUAAUUCAUAUUUGAAUUUGGAUUUUCGAAUAUCAGUAUUGGUGAAUAAAUGAAGAGAUCGGAAAUAUGUACAAUGAGAGAUAAUUUACAAGUCGACCAUUAUCUUGGACAUGUCAAAUGUGGCCGUGCAGUCAUCCAUCUUCUCGUGAUCUUGUUCGGUGUGUCCACAUGGAUUGGCGUCAAUGGAAUAUUCAUUGAAUUGCCGUUGCUUGUCAAUAUCGCUCCGGAAGGCUGGAAUUUACCCGCAUACAUAGUAAUAGUGGCGCAAUCCGCAAAUGUGGGUCCUGCGAUAUACACUUUCCUACGUAAGAACAAACGCGAGUUGAACGAAUCGUUGUGUAUAUUGUGCUUACUGUCUUUACAAAUUCUCGCUAUGGGGCUACUGAUCUUCUUUUACGACAAAACAACUGUCAUUGGUGGUGAGAAACACAGCCUGAUCUUGCUUGUCUCGGUAUUCUUUAACGCUCUGGUCGGUUGUUUCAGCUCUGUGCUCUUCAUGCCUUAUCUUCGUGACUUCGAUGAUAUUUAUAUCGUGUCCUACUUCAUUGGGGAAGGUCUGAGCGGUGUGCUGCCAAGUAUAGUGGCAUUGAUACAAGGGGUAGGAGAACGCUCAGAAUGCAAUGCAACGGAAACAAUUUCUCUUGAUACGUCCCAAGUCAAGUUCUCAGGCCAAUAUUACUUCCUCUUUCUAACUCUUGUGCUUAUUUUGUCCCUUAUCGCGUUUAUCAUUUUACAAUAUUCUUCGUUUGUACAAAAUAGAAAGAACUCGCGUGAUCCUAACUUUUUUGCACAAAGUAAAAUACAAUUAGUAGAUUAUAAGCAACACAACGAGCUUGAUAUUAGUUCUAAUAUCUGGUACAUUGAUCAAAUAUUACCAAAGAGUGAAAAAGAGGAAGCAAAUUGUUCUUCGUUAAAGGAAGCAAAUAAUUUGUGUGUGCUUAGAAAAAGUUAUUUGUACAUUCUGAUUGGAAUUUGUUGUUUCUUUAACAAUGGAUUUUUUCCAAGUAUCCAAUCUUAUUCUUGUCUACCAUACGGUCACCUUGCUUAUCAAUUAUCUAUCACUUGUGGCCAAUUCGUCAACCCACUUGCAUGCUUUUUGACAUUCUGGAUUAUAGUGUCAAAUAUAAAAAUUAUCAAUUGUUUAUCUCUUAUAUGCUUAAUUACUGGAUGCUAUGUUAUAUGCAUAGCUUUAUUAUCUCCUGCUCCACCAUUGCAAAGAUCGAUAAUUGGCGUAGGAUUGAUUGUGUUGUCCUGGAUUAUCCUAUCGGCUGUUAUUUCGUAUUUAAAGCUCGUGAUCGUGUCCCUCUUGAAAUAUAUAUCUUCGUCGAAGGCACUUUUCGAUAUAGGCAUAGUUAUGCAAGCGGGUUCGGCGAGUGGUGCAAUUAUUUCGUUUAUUUUAAUCAAUUUUACCAAUUUUUUCAAGAUGUAUGAUUCUUGUUCUGGAUGAAGAGAAUAAUCGAAAAGCUUCGUAUAUGUAACGAUAAUGCAAGUAAUUUGCAUAUGCGAAUUAAAAUGCAAUAAUGAAAUUAAGACAAUAGUGCUUCAAAAAAAAUAAAGUGUCUUUAGGAAAAUAUCAAUAGAUAA